CGGCCUGAUCGCCCUGUUUGUGACGCGAGUUACUCCAUCCAACCCAACGUAAACGGCAUUAUUUGGCGUAUUUUCUUGUGCAACGGCAAACGAAUUGGACCGCAAAGCGGGCGUUUAAGACCAGUUCGCCGCUUGUGUGGACUUCCGUCGGAUGUUGUGUAUUUGUGCAAACGCGCGCGCGCUUCGAAUAGUACGUGUUUUGUGCGCGACUACGUCGAUUGUUAUUGUAUUACUUUAAAGGGCAGCUGGCGCACCUCUUGAACUGUUUGCGCCCCACUCCAUUAAUAAGCGUUUACCGGCGCGGUGUAAUAAUGUACAUUAAGGCGCCAAAAUGUUUAGCAAAAUAAAUGAUUUUUAACUGAAAUUUAUGUGUGUUUGAAAAUGAACAUUUCUAUCAAAAAUUUCAACAAAGUGUGACUAGUAACAGUGCGCAUUGAUUAGUUGGAAUAUCAAGUAAUAAACCGAGUGCAAUUUAGACCAAAAACCAAAGUGUUGAUUUCAUAUGAAAUAUAUUGUUUUUUUUAUCGAAAUUUAUUUAUGCAAAACUUUAUAUAUCACACUACAUUAAGUUCCUAUAAGACCCUGAGUACUACAUAUUUUCCUAAAAAUGGAUAUGACCAGCGCAAAUUCGUUAAAUAUGCGACCCUUUUUCUCCGGAUAUCCAUUCCAAGGUCAGGGCCGUGUCAAUCAACUCGGCGGUGUCUUCAUCAACGGUCGACCGCUACCGAAUCAUAUACGUUUGAAAAUUGUCGAAAUGGCCGCUAACGGCAUAAGACCUUGUGUGAUCUCACGUCAGCUACGCGUCUCGCAUGGUUGUGUAUCGAAAAUAUUAAAUCGUUACCAGGAAACCGGUUCAAUACGACCGGGUGUGAUAGGCGGUUCUAAACCGAAAGUUACGUCGCCGGAAAUCGAGGCGCGCAUUGAGGAGUUGCGUAAGGCCAAUCCGGGCAUAUUCAGUUGGGAGAUACGUGAGAAGCUGAUCAAGGAGGGCUUCACCGAUCCGCCAUCCACAUCGUCCAUCAGUCGUCUAUUGCGAGGUAAUGAUCGUACCAGUGAAGACGGACGCAAGGAUUAUAGUAUACACGGCAUUUUAGGUGGCCGCGACUCAGAUAUCAGCGAYACCGAAUCGGAGCCUGGCAUACCGUUGAAACGYAAACAGCGUCGCUCGCGCACCACCUUCACCGCCGAACAAUUGGAAGCGCUCGAACGCGCCUUCACACGCACACAGUAUCCAGAUGUGUAUACACGCGAGGAGCUCGCACAGACCACGGGCCUCACCGAAGCGCGCAUACAAGUCUGGUUUAGUAAUCGCCGCGCGCGUCUACGCAAACAUUCCGGUGGCUCUGGCACCGGACUCUCACCCAUGAAUGGCGGCGGCAGUGGCGCUGGUGUACCUGGCGGCGUGGGUGGCGUGGGCGGCGGUGCGGCUGCCACAGCGCCACUCGGUUUUGGUCCAYUAGCCGCAGUCGGUUCCAUGGCUGGCUAUAGUCCCGCCGCCGCCAGCACGGCCAGCGCGGGUAUGAAUGAGAAUCACGCGGCACAUGCAGCGGCGGCUGCGGCCGCAGCAGCAGCGCAUCAUCCACACCAUCACACGCAGAUGGGCGGCUAUGAUUUGGUGGCGCCGUCGGCGCAACAUGGUUUCGCCAGCAGUUUUCAGCAUGGACACUUCGGCGGGCAGAAUUACUAUCAUCAAGAUUACUCCAAGCUUUCAAUCGAUGACUUCUCUAAGCUGACGCUGGAGAAUGCUUCGAAAAUUUCACCAUCAUUGUCACAUCUAACCGGCGAGAACUACUCGAAAUUGGACUCCACCACAAAUUGGUCACAAGCCGCUUACCAUCUGAAUCAGUCGGCAGCAGCGGCCGCCAAUUACAACGCUGCCGCCGCKCAUCAUGCGCAUGCGGCUGCCGCACAACACACACUCAAUGAUUAUGCGGCAGCUGGCGCUGCUGCAGCGGCGCACAACAAUCAGCUGAACAGCGCGGCAGCAGUCGCCGCGGCGGCUUAUAAUCAUCCGCUGCCUACGCAGGCGCAGGCAAAGUAUUGGUAGAACAUUGGUGGCAUUGUGUAAUUAUAGUGAAAGGUAGUAGWGUUUGAGUGAUGAACUGGAGGUUAACUGCAAGUUUUGGAAUGUAAAAUUUGGUGAAAUAUUUGUAUCUAAAAUCCAAGUUUUCUCGCCAGCUUUGAACGAUUUUUGUGAUCCGUGCAGCGCUAGCAUAUUUUUCGUGCUCAUUUUAUGCCAGUAGCAAAAAUGUUGUUAGMACUUAGCAGUUGAUCUUACAUUCUUCUGGGUUAGGUUUGGUUGAGAGGUCGAUUCCAAGUGGGAUCUCACUUGCACAGCUCAGAAAGUCGGUCGGUUGUGGAAUCUGCAACUCCUAAAAAUGGAAUCACAAGACCACCCUUACACGACAAAACGCUUUAGGCCUUAAACAAAAAACAAUUUCGGUUGUUGUUGUGGCAGAAAUCGGACAGUCCUUGUCGAUUAAGAAUCCGGGUCGGUUCCGGGUACAUAAACCUGACUGUCGUGGGAACGGCGGAAAUUCGGUAAUGUCUACUGGUUCGUCGAACACAAGACUACCGAAAUAUUUCAGCCUCAGUUUUGCAAAGUCUGGACAAUAGAGGUAAAAGUGUCUGGCUUUUUCGACCUCAUUCUCUUCCUUAUACCUUUGAUAACUAGCGUCAGACAACAUGUUAAGCCUCUACGCAUGAAUGCCUGGACAGUGUCCAGUAAGACUUCCUAAGAUAGCGGUAAAAUGCACCUUGCUCAGGGCAAAUUGUUCAGUAGAUCUCCUACGUUCUCCGSGCUUUAAAGUCCAAACGAUUUUUCCAGUUUACAUAGAUUUUUAUGUUUUCUUUUGAAAAGAAUGUUUUUCUUACAAAAAGAC